AUGGAAGAUCUCGACAAGGCAAUCUGCAUGUAUCGAAAGGCUGUUCAAGCGACCCCUGAUGACUAUCCUAUUCCUUUAAGAGAUUCAAGUAAUCUCGGGGUCUUACUCGCAAAACGAUACGAACUUAGAGGGCAAAUAGAAGAUCUUGAAGAAGCAAUUCAAGUGUGUCGCAAGGCAGUUCAGGUCACUCCUCAAGACCAUUUCUUUUUUGCAACGGGCUUAAGUAACCUCGGAAAUAUGUUCCGAAGUCGAUAUAAUCGCACAGGAAAUAUAUGCGACCUAGAAAAGGCAGUCUUAGUUUGCCAGGAGGCAGUUCGAGCGACUCUAAGUAACCUUGGAAAUCUGCUUUCAAAUCGAUAUAAUCGCACCGGACAAAUAUGCGACCUGGAAGAGGCAGUGUUGUUCUCUCGCAAGGCAAUUCGAGCGACUCCUGAUGGCCAUGACAGCCUUGAAGGUCGGCUAAACAACCUCGGAGUUAGACUCGCAAAUCGAUACGAACGCACAGGUCAAAUGGAAGACCUUGAAGAGAUGAUUCAAUUAUCUCGCCAAGCGGUUCAAGGCACUCGUGAUGAUCACCCUGAUUUUACAGGGUGGUUAAGCAACCUUGGUAUAAGACUCGCACGUCGAUACGAACGCAAAGGAAGCACAGAAGACCUGGAGGAGGCAAUCCAGGUGUCUCGCCAGGCUGUUGAAAGAACUCCGAAUGGCCAUCCUAAUCUGAUAGGAUAUUCGAGUAAUCUCGGAGCUGUUCUCACAAGUCGAUUCAACCUUAGAGGGCAAAUAGACGAUCUCGAAGAGGCCAUUCAUUUAUCUCGCCAGGCUGUUCAAGCUACUCGUGAUGAUCACCCUGAUUUUGCAGGUUGGUUAAGCAAUCUCGGUAUGAGACUUGCAAGUCGAUACGAACACAGACGGAACACAGAAGACCUGAAUGAGGCAAUCCAGGUAUCUCACCAGGCUGUUCAAGCAACCCCAGAAGAUCAUCCGAGUCUUACAGGGCGGCUAUCUAUUCUGGGUAACGCCUUGGCAAUCCGCUACGACGGUGUAGGACAUGAAGAAGACCUAGAAGAGGCGAUCCAGGUUUUCCAUCAGGCAGUAAAUGUCAUGUCUGCGCCCCCUCUAAACCGGAUCAAGGCUGCUACUUUGGCCAUAAAUCUUCUCGUUAAACGCAAAGAUUAUGAUAGUGGCUAUACACUAGUCGUUGAGGCUAUUGACCUUCUACGGCUCGUCCAUAAUAGGUAUUUAACAUUACAAGAUCAGCAAUAUGUUGUCUCCCACUUUUCGGGCCUAGCAACGCAAGCCUGCUCUCUCGCCCUUCAAACUGGUCAGCGUCUUUUCAAAGCUCUACAAUUACUAGAAACUGGGCGCGGUGUUAUACUUAGUCUUCUCAUGGAUGACCGGAGUGACACGUCUGAGCUAAGGAAGACACAUCCCGCGUUAUGUGCCUUAUACGAAUGCCUUCGCCUCGAGGUAAAUACGCCUACCGAUAGCACCAUGUCCCCGAUGGGGGAACCUAUUUCUCCAAGACGACCAAAGGCUCUCGAGGAGCUCGAAAAAUGCAUUCAGGAUAUACGACAGCUUCCAGGCUUCGGCUCCUUUCAACAAGGCCUCACUGUGGAGCAAAUGAUGAGUGCUUCUAAUGAGGGCAGCAUCAUCGUGGUGAAUAUUACUAGCCUCAGAAGUGAUGCUAUUAUUAUCUCUUCAGAGGAACUUAAAUUGGUUUCUAUUCCCCAGUUCAGUGCGGUCCAAGCCCAAAUUUGGGUCGACCAGGGGUCCACUGGUAUGGGGAAUAAAUCCUAUCGCCUAUUCCUAUCCUGGCUCUGGCGUGAGUGCGUCGAUCCCAUUCUUAAUGAGCUAGGAUAUUGUGUCCAUUCCUCACCAGAGGACCUCCCAAGGGUCUGGUGGAUUGGAACUGGUGUUGCGAGCUCCUUCCCAUUUCAUGCUGCGUGUGAUAUGUCGGUGGGACUGACUGAAAGCACAUUUUCCCGAGUUAUAUCUUCACAUACCCCUACGAUCAAGGCUCUUUUACACGCUAGAGAGCGGGGACCCUUGUCCACUUCGUCAAGUGAACGCCUACCAAAGCUACUGAUGGUUACCAUGGCAAGCACGCCCGAUGCCAAUAACCUACCCGGGGUCGAACGUGAAAGAUCAGCAGUCGAGGAACUUCUUGGAGCCACGACUCGUAUAGAAGUCCUUGACCAUCCAGACUCUGCAAGCGUGAUUUGCGGAAUUCGUGAAUGUCAGAUCGCACAUUUUGCAUGCCACGGAAUAUCAAAUGCAUUUGAUCCUUCCCAAAGUGGCCUUUUACUACAGACUCCUACUCCAAACCCAAGGCAGGACACCCUAAGCGUUCUAAAACUCUGCGAAAAUCGUCCUACACAAGGGGAAAUUGCCUACCUCUCUGCAUGCUCGACUGCGGAGAACCGGGCACAACAUUUAGUGGACGAGGUGCUCCACAUUGUGAGCGGUUUUCAGAUCGCUGGAUUCAGGCAUGUCAUCGGGACCUUAUGGCCGUCUGAUGAUAAUGUAUGCGUGGAAAUUGCGAAGUUGUUCUAUGCUGAGCUUUGUCAGAAUGGCACCUUAUUUUAUACUGAUAGAUCUAUCGCGAUGGCGCUUCACAAAGCGGCUGUGUUGGUUUCGACAAGUGAGGACUAUCGAAAACGACCGCUGCACUGGGCGCAGUAUGUUCACUAUGGUGCUUAA